AUGAAUAAAAAUCAAUCAGCACAUUAUAUUACAAAUAACUAAUCGUAUGGUGAUGGUUGGCUAUUACACAGUGGGUAACAAUAAGUGGAUAUGACAUCAUGUCCUGUACCUACCUACGCUGAAAUAGUACGUCAAAUGCAAGACUUUAGAAGAGCAGAGAAAUUACUCAAAAAUAAACUGGUUGCUCAAACUAUCGGACUUGAGUUGUCUUAACCCAUUUCUGAAGAAGAAAAACAACGCAGGAAAUUAGAUAACAAGGUCCCUUCAAAGAAGUUUCAUGUCACUGAAUAGGAAUACAAGGCUCCUCCUUAAGGAAUUAAUGUUGGAUUACCAAUUUAUGAGACAUCUAAUAUGUAAUAUGGACAAUUGAAUCCAACUUCAUUUGAGUUGAUUGAGAAAUAUUAUCCUAGAGAUGCUCGAUUCACUUAAGCCUUCUUGGGAGACACCUACAAAUUUGAUGGAUUGAACACUAGCACUGGUUUCUCAAAAGUUCAUAAGAAAUUAGAUGAAUAUUGA